CCCUUAAAUAGUUAGGUUUAAAAGAACGAAAAUGGAUUCAACGUUUUCUCUGAGAGAAUUUAUUGACAUUAACAAGGAUGUGUUGCCAGAACGUGUCAAGGUUACUGGGGGUGUACAGUGUGGUGAGGACGAGGAUUUACCAACAGGUACUGUCCUGGAUCUACAUUCAGUACACGUAAAACAGAUCAACCUUGUAUAUAAGGAGAAGGGAAGAAAGAUUGAAAAUAGAAUAGCCAUACACGAGUCUAAUCCAACAAAAUUCCAAAUUCUGGAUUACCACCCAGUAGGACAUGUGUACACUACAGUAAAGGAUUUGAUUGAAGUUUGCCCGUUUGUUGUAAAAUGUAACAAGACGUGGCGAAGCGAUGACGGAGCUUUUCUAUUAGAGAAAGAUGAGAUCUUGAAAUUAAUCAGACUUGUAGUGGGCAAAAAUUGGCAGAGGUUAUUAGAAUGUAAACUUGUUAGACAAAUGAAGCUUGUUCAGCUUCCAAUGGACUGUGAGGGACAUUUCACUGCAAAGAAACUAAACAACUUUUACACAGUGUCAGAUUUGGUACAUCAAUUUCCAAAAGAACGUAAACUCAAGCUGGUGAAAGGCGAUGUAAUAGAUGAACGAAAUCAAAUCCAAGGUCUCCCUCUGGAUGGAUUAGUCACGAUGCUUACACCCGACCUGGAGGUAGAAUACUCCAUGAAGGAAUAUCCUGGUGAUAGGCACAGGUUGGACGUCAAUAAACAAUUGAUAAACAAAUAAACACAAAUCCAGAAAUUACCGGUCACUUUCUUUAUCAGGAGAGCUGUCAACACAUCUGAUAAGAAGUGUUCUAAGCAGCUCUAGUGAAACUUGAUGCUAUGUUUGGUCUAAUACAAGAUGCAGCCUACUUGUAAAUAAAAUACAGUUAUCCUUGUACGUAAUAUAUGGUUCAACAAAAA